GUUUACACUCAAUUUGAUGGUUAUUUCGGACCGUCAACGUAUGAUUGCGUGUAUUUUUUCAAGGGUAGAAGCAAAAGCAAAGAAGAGAAAAAUAAUCGCAAUAUUAAAAAAUUCAAGUACACAUCUAAAUCUCGAUGAACGCAAGGAAUGUCGUAAGAUAAAGUGAGUCAGACGCAGGAUUAACAUUUAACAACUCUCUCUGAAGUUAAAUUACUUAAAAACGCAGAGUAUAUGCUUCUUAAAUUGCAAGUGCCUAUCGCGUGAAACUUCAGUCGAGGAUCUAAAUUUGCAAAACUGAGAUAAGACUUUUGCACGAGUGUAAUAUCUGUUGCGGACGUAAGCUGACGCAAAAAUGUAAUUGUAGGUCAUACUCUUCACAUCGAAUAUGACGAAUCCACGAAAUCUCACUGGUGAACAAAUGGGUGCUUACUUCGGUUACGCCGUGGCUGCUGGCGAUAUAGACGGAGACGGGUUGGAUGACCUGAUAGUCGGUGCACCCAUGUACACUGUUCCAGAUAACCCGGAAAUGACCAUCGAAACCGGAAGAAUCUAUGUUAUCUAUCAGGGCGAUGGUGCGGAGAAGUUUCGCAAAUUCGACACGAGAGACGGCGAGAGCAACCGCGGACGUUUCGGCUUGUCGCUGGCCUCACUGGGGGACAUCGACCGUGACGGUUACGGUGACUUCGCCGUCGGCGCGCCCUACGGUGGUCCAAACGGUCGCGGUGCCGUCUACAUCUACCACGGCUCACGGACCGGGGUACUGGACAAGUAUUCCCAGGUGAUCCACGCGGAGGAUCUGGACAACCCCGUGCAGACCUUCGGAUUCUCCGUGGCCGGUGGCCUUGACCUCGAUGGCAAUGUUUAUCCAGAUCUAGUAGUCGGUGCAUACGAGUCGGGGGCAGCGAUGUUUUUCAGAUCACGACCGGUGAUCAAGAUGGACUCCUACGUGACCUUCGACUCGGAAUCCAAGUUGAUCUCCUUGGACAACAGGAACUGCACGCUCUCGGACAACACCAGAGUCACGUGUUUUCCGCUCAGGGCUUGCUUCAGAUUCACAGGAGAGGGUGUUCUCAUGAGGCACAAUUUCAAUAUACAGUAUGUACUCGACGUGAAGAAGACGAAGAAUCCGAGAUUGUUCUUCCUGGAGUUGGAGGGCAGGAACACGAUGAAUCACACGAUCACGGUCGAACGCGAUCGCCAGUUCUGUCGUACAGUUCAGGUGUACGUGACUCCUAACAUUCGCGACAAGCUAACGUCGUUGGACGCCGAGAUGCGCAUGAGUCUGGAGGAGGAACGGAUUCCGGAUAAUCGCCGUCGUGAUCCUAGAAUGCCACUAAGACCAGUCCUCGGCGCGACGACCUCCAGGAAGGAUACUCUCUCUAUCAGAAAGAACUGCGGCCCCGACAACAUCUGUAUACCCGACUUACAGCUCAGCGUGAGGUCCAACGUUGGCAGAUACUUGCUGGGAUCUGGCAAAAGGUUGGAACUCGAAGUCCUGGUUCAAAAUGCGGGCGAGGACGCGUUCGAGGCAACGUACAAUCUGCAGCUGCCGGCCGGCAUCGAUUACAUCAAGAUCGAACGCGUCGAGACUAUGGAGAUUCCCGUUCACUGCUCCGCGCCCAAGCAGUCGAACAACAACACUCUACGCUGUGAUAUCGGAAAUCCACUGCCACAGAGGAAGCUGGUCAAGUUCAAAGUGCUACUUCAGCCCGUGACGUCGCACGGGAUGAAGCCCAUCUACGAGUUCGAUAUGCACGUCAACACUACGAAUCCCGAAGAUUCCAACACUGCCUACGAUAAUAGAGAGCACUUGUCACUGCCGAUUUGGAUAGAGACGGAUUUGCGCGUCGACGGUGAGAGCAAGCCCAAGGAUCUCUAUUAUAAUCCCGACAAUUACACUGCCGCGAAUAUUACAACGGAGCUGGAAUUGGGACCAGCGGUGACGCACAAUUAUACGAUUCGCAAUCAGGGCCCAUCGGAUAUCGUCGAGGCGGAGGCUUUCCUUGUAUGGCCCGCUCAAACUUUAUCCGGCAAGAUACUCAUGUAUUUACUGGAACAACCGGAGACCGCGGGACCGAUCGCUUGCGAAUCUGCCAAUGCGAAUUAUCUCAGUUUGAAGCUCGAUCAGCGCAGAAGAGUGCACCUUAAUUACCCUGAUUACUCCGGCGUAAUCCUGGACGAGUCGCAAUCAGGCAGGACGAUUAAUGUUCAAAGAGGCUUCGAGAUAGACCGUAACAAAGUAAAUCAGAAGGAAGAGGCCGAGAUUAGUAGUGGCGACAGCUCCAAUAUCCAGAAAUCACGACACUCCUCGUCGUCGUCCUCCUCCUCGUCCUCCUCGUCUUCUUCUAGUACCGCCGAAACUAGGAGGAUUCAGCUCAACCCCACGGGAGAGAAACCUGAAGUGCUCACCACGACGUACACGCACAACUCUUCCGGAACUAGUUCGAGCGGUAGCGGUGGUUCGUCCAGCAAUCGCGGCGGUGUUGUUUUUCACACAGAAUCAAGUGGCAGUUAUGGUUCCACGACGUUAGGCGGAGGAUUUCGUGGAUCUGAGGAGGGAUCCUUUGGCUCAAGGUUGCCCGAUCUCGAACAGUCCUAUGGAACUCGUACGAAUCAAUCCGUUAGGGUGGAAAAUCGUUGGGAGGAGAGCAGUGAAGCACGAGGGCAUACAGUUUUACCUCCGGGAAGGUACGACUCAGUUAUGACUGACAGCGACAGGCAGUAUCAGGAGUUGCUGAGGCUGGAGGAGGAGGCUCGUCUGCGGCAAGAAGAGGAGACCCGACAGAGGAAGCUGCAGGAGGAGCGCAAGCAGGAGGAACAAGAACGUAUCAUCGCCCUGCAACGUCAUCAGGAGGAGUUAGAACGGCGUCGGCAGGAAAACGAACGAAGAGAGGAAUGGCGAAGAGAAGAAGAGCGGCGAAUAGAGGAAGAAGAACGGCGAAGACAGCAAGAAGAAAGACGCCUGCAGGAAGAGAGGGAACAUAGAUACAACGAGGAAUACGGUGUGACUACUACGGGUGGUCAUCGGACUACGGAAGAUGAUUUUAUCACUGGCGAUCGCGAGGAGACAAUCGGAAGUCGGGAAUUUGGUUUGCACAAUGUCAGCUCCACGCAAGAACUGGAGCGGAUCUUCGGCACGUUGUCGAAAGAUGCAACUGGUUACCAGCUAUACAGCAGACAGGGGCAGCAGUAUGUUCAGUUCAAGGCGAGGUUCAGGACAUCCGCUGACAGAAAAGAGUACAUAGAAUUCCAGGACGGCUCUACGUUCCCACUUCAAGAUCGUUACGGUGGGCAAAGCUACAUCUCGGAAUCCACGGAGCCCCGCGACAGUCGAUUCCUCAGGAUAGAAGGCCAGCUGCUUAUUACUCCGGACGGCAAGGGAUACAUCGUGUUGAAGGAUGGUCGAAAGUUCCCUCUUCAGGGUUCUUUCACACACACUGAGGAAAGAACGUACACUUUGCGUGGUCCGCACGACAGCUAUCAAGGUGGUCACGCUGACAAUCAAAAUCAGGGAACUUACAGUCAAUCUUGGCACGAGGAAUCAUCCAGUCUCGGUGCAACUUCAGACGGCGGUUACGAAAACAGAUAUAAUACUCGUACACAUGAGGAGAAACGAACGGAAGAGAGAACGACUAACACCAGAGUCUACGGAAGAAAUCGUGAACAGUUUAACGACGAAUUCCCUACUAACAGACCGGAUCCUAAUUUCCCGAGCUCGAGAUACAGACGCGAGAGCGACAUGGUUGACGUCGAGGAGUUCAAGAAAUUCGAAUCGCUCCACAGACAUCGAAGAGACCUGGAGACGGACGACUUCCCGUCGGACGCAACGUCAUUCCAAGAUGACGAUUACUAUCAGGAAAGCGAGCCCAAGUCGCAACUACCAAUACCGCCGUGUGACGCGGCCAAGUGCGUUAUGUUGCGAUGCGUGUUGGGUCCGUUGAAAAAAGACCAAGAGGUCUGGAUCAGCUCGAGGUAUCGCGUCAACGCUCGGACUUUGAAGGAAGUCGCCCUCGAGGAGAAGGUGAAGGUGUCGACGAAGCUGGUGGCACGUGUCACGAAGCAACCGUUCAUCGGCACGCCUGCUGAACAGGUCGUCAGGAGCGACGAAGUCGUGACGAACAUCGAGCCAAGCGCGGCGCCUGCUGUUCCGGAUAUGAUUCCGAUAUGGGUGGUGGUCCUGUCGGCCUGCGCGGGAAUGAUAAUCCUCUUGCUGCUCAUUUACCUGCUUUAUAAAUGCGGCUUCUUCAAGAGAAACAGGCCCUCCGACGCGCCAGAGAGACAACCGCUGAAUCGAAACGGUCACUUCCAGCAAGGCGAGGAUCACUAAGGAUCACAACUGUCCACCUUCGUUCUGACGAAACUUUCGACUUCUUGGCUAUGCCGGUACCGUAGGCGAAUUUGAACUCAACUAUGCGGUUGAAUCAUGAGAAACGCCUUGGUCUUCUGAUAAUCGGGCAAAUGGCGAUAAUCGCGUUGCGUGAAUUCGCUCGGUAUAGUCUGUGGACGCAGUUUCGACUUCUGCCGAGUAUCUCAUUAGCGUUCAACAGUGCCUUAAUCCGCAUCCAGGCUGUAGACGAGCAUCUACCGAGGUGCACUGGAAACGUCGAUUUUGGGUGAUGAACGAUUCGUCACUCGUAUACUGCCGCUGAAUACUCCUUCCAGCUCCUGCAGCUCGACCACACAAGUUUCUAGUCAGGAGACGUUCUUCUUCUUCUUUUUUUUUAAUUAUUACCUGUAAUUACUUAAGCCGCGCGUACAGUCGGCAGAUACGAACGAAUAUCUCGACAUUCUUCGACGAAUCGUAUCUUCGUGUAUAUACGUAUAUGUAUAAUGUUAUUUUUUUGUAUACCGUCAAUCGCGGUAGAACGCCUUGAUACGUGCCUCGUCGCUUCCGCUGUCUUUUUUUACGAUAGAGUACAACUAAUUAUUUUUUUACCCGUGCUCGGUCGGCACGAACUCGAAAACGACUUCGUAUCUCGCCGACGAUUCUCUUAGCAAAGCUCAUUCGGUGCCGAAAACAUUAUAGAUAAUGUCCUGUAAGACCCCUUUCACACGAGCACUUUGAUGAUCGGAUAUUGAAUAGUAAGUCACGCCGUAGACAAUUCUUCAGAUGUCUCUCAGAUGUUUUUUACAUCUUCGUAUUUUGGAUGCUGCUUUAGCAGUGUUUCGAAUUCAAAUUCGUUUGAGAAGGGUCUACGUCUUCCCGAAGAGCGAUUUUGAAAUCGCAUGGAUUUAAUUAUUUAUUAAAUUUUUAUGUUAUAUACAUAAUACCGUAACGUAUGCUUGAGCGCCGUAACAAUAGCGUGAUGUGCCGUCACGCGCGCAAGGUGAAUGUGUGUACAAUCUGUAAAUUAUUAAUUUACGUUACUAAAACUAUCCACGAAAAGUGGUUUAACGCAAUAAUAUUCAAUUAGAAAAGAUUUGUAUCUUUCUGGUAUAAAUAGAUAGGGAGCUAGAAUUGACUUGUACAUACAACGUUAAGAUAUAAAUAUUAAAAAAUAUAUAUAUAUACAUCUAAUGAAAUUAACACUAUUUUGCGUAUACUGCUAAUUACUCCCCUAAUAAAUUUGCUGAAAGUUCGAUUAUAACUGAAAAGAAAAAAAACUGUACAGGAUAAAUUUAUACAAUCAUUUAUUGCAAAAUUACAAUGACCAGUGAUUGAUAUAAAUUAAACGUUUGAUUAACCUGUGUAUUGUUUGUGCUAUUUACUGAUCGCAUUGAUUGUUGAAAUCAGUGUAAGUUAUAUCGUGCACAAAUUAUAUAUAAGAAAAUUCUUCCAGAUAUAAAAAAAUAUAUGCUUCAUAUUCUCGUCAUUUUGUUUAAAUAUCAUGGACAGUAUCCUUCAUAUUCUUUCAUUGAUAAAAGGUAUAUAAAAAUAAUUUAUAAUGCAUACAAUUGUCAGUUUGUAAAAUAUGCUACCACAUAUCAUCGUUAAUAGAUUUUUGCGUUUUGAGAACCUUUCACGCAAAUGGAUCAGUUUUGACAAAUGGAUAAUAGUUACAACGGCGACAAAUGUGAUUGGUAUUUGUGCAAACGUGUGAAGGCGACUGUGUGUGUGUGAGGUCGAGGAAACUAAAAUCUGUGAAAUAUUUUUAUAAAAAGAAUGUCAACUUCUUUGUAAAAUCGUACAAAAGUUGAUGCACUAAAGAAAAUACGUAUAAAAGAAAGUAGUGAGAUAUUGUGUACUUAAAAAUAUAUAAUUCGAUUAUUGCUAUUGCGCUAUAACUAUUUACGUCUAUAUUCGGCAAUUGAAUCGAGAUGGAAUACGUUAUCUCUGGGAUACAAUAUGAAUGACAGGAAAUUGGAGCGAACAUUCUAUCGGGCAGUGCGAGAUCGUUACUGCUCCUCAAAACGCCAAUACGUUGUCAGACAAUAUGUACAAAUUUAUAUUAUGCUUAAUUUCUAUCUUUAAAAUCACAAUCAACAAUUUUCUCAUUUAUUCUUCUUAACGGGCUGUAUGCAAUUGCUAAGAUAGUGAAAAAAAUGUAUGAUUUGGCGUAUUACCAUUAAAUACGGUACUCGUAUACCAUAUAUUCUCGAAUGCAACAAUGAUCUAACGCAUGAGCGAAAAAAUAACGCGUAAAUUAAUAUCAAUACCUUCAAAUCUGCAUACUUCCGAUUGCAUCACGUGAUAUGGAAUCUCGAAAAAUUCCGUCUAAUAAUAUUACUUGUGCGUUGAAUAAAUCUGUUCUCUG